AUGCCCAACGAUGCUGCUGGCGGCAAUGACCGGACGCGAGGCGUCCUAAUCGGAAGCCUACGGGGACUAGGACUGUUGAAUGCUCGACUCAGCAUCCAAGAUGAAUCGGCAGACAGCAAUGGAGCCGUGGUGGACCAGACCAACCCUUACGCUGAGUGGAAAUCGUGGGUUACAAGAGAGAGAGACAAUCGCAUCGCCUGGGCAUCUUUCGAAUACGACUGCAGCCUGUGUACUUUGACCAACCGUCGGGGAGCUGUGGACUUGAGCGAGCUUCCAGCGAGGUUGCCCUGUUCCGAGUCAUUAUGGGAAGCACCAUCUGCACAUGCUUGGGCUGCUUUGAAGUUCCGAUGUCCACCAAAAGCCCAGGGAGCCAAGCUGUCUAGUGUCCUGAAAGCUGCCAUGGCUGGAAAACCAGUCGAUGAACAUGUUUCCAUGUGGGGAAGGAGAUUGUGCGGCCAAGUCAUUGGACGUCUGCUUUGGGAUUUGAAGCAGCUGGAGGCGCUGUCAACAACAGAUUACUUUGACUUGCCUUCACUGUUCAAAGCCCAUCAGCAUUCCAAGACUGCUCUCCUCCGCGGACUUGACUCCCUUCUGGAAUCUAUGGAACAGCCAUGCUCUACUUCUGAUCUUGUCAGCUACAAGUAUGAUUCCUCCUCGUUUCCUCGCCACGACAAAAACUACAACACCAAGGUAGCUGUGACUAACCGAAAGCCUAGUAUCUCCUCCCUUCUAUGCCACUAUUCCCAUAUGUACGCUGCAGACGAUAUAAUGGAUAUAAUUCUCUACAUGGUGCGCAAAAUAGUGUCCCACGGACCAGAGAAGGACAAAAGUGUCGCUGUCGCAAGACGCCGGCUCUCCGCGGCUAUGAAAGCGGAUAAAAAGCGAACAAGACGUCUCUUGUGGCACUCGGGCCAAAUCAUCGCCGUCGCCAAUGAGUUCUUGGUCUCUGCCCCCUGUGAAAUCAUGCGUCUCUUCAUGGCGUACAUCUUUGCCGUGGCAUAUGUCAAAUACAGCCCGUCGUCAUUGAGAUCCAGAGACGGCGUUCACCUGAGACUGGACAUUCACUCCCGUGACAUGGAGCACAAAAAGGCAGCAACGCAAUGGAUCCAGACUGGUGGACCCGUACAAAUCGGCUCGGCGGACGAUAUUUUCACCGAGGGAUCUACCGCUCUUAUCACUAGGGACGCGCAGAGUAUAUUUCAACGACUGGGGUCUUGGGGACUCGCCGACAAGUUUGCCAAAAUACUGCAAAGCUUCGAGAAUCACAACGCAUGA